AAGUGACGUGCAGUGUGAUUGAAGGGGUAUAUCGGGAAUUCCAAAUUUCCGUAAGCUUCUCGAAUCCAAAACACAAACCCUAAUCUAACCCAAACAUUGGCACCAGGUACACACACACCCAGAAAAUCUCUCACAUCUUCUUCUUUAUUGUUGUAAUUCGAUUAUUGAAUUGAAUCAAUUACUACUACUACUACUAUAUAUUUAUUGAAUUGAGUUUAUUUGAUGCCGAUACGAGAUGCCUCCGAAGCAAUCAAAAGCUGAUGUAGCCAAGAAGCAGAAGGUUGUUGAAGACAAAACUUUUGGUCUCAAAAACAAAAACAAAAGCAAAGCUGUUCAGAAAUAUGUUCAGAAUCUCAAAUCUUCCGUUCAACCCAGAACCGAUCCCAAACAAGAUGCAAAGAAAAAGAAGGAGGAAGAGAAGGCAAAGGAGAAGGAGCUGAAUGAUCUGUUCAAAAUUGCUGUUAGUCAGCCUAAAGUCCCACCUGGUGUUGAUCCCAAGUCCGUAUUAUGUGAGUUUUUUAAAGUUGGUCAGUGUGCUAAGGGAUUCAAAUGCAAAUUCUCUCAUGAUUUGAAUGUUCAGAGGAAAGGGGAGAAGAUUGACAUAUACAGUGAUAAGCGUGACGAUGAUACGAUGGAGGAGUGGGAUCAAGAGACAUUGGAGAAAGUGGUGGAGUCGAAGAAAAAUGAGUAUAAUCAGAACAAACCAACAGAUAUUGUAUGCAAACACUUUUUGGAUGCGGUAGAGAGGAAGCAAUAUGGUUGGUUUUGGUCAUGUCCAAAUGGUGGCAAAAAUUGUAUCUAUAGACAUGCACUUCCACCUGGAUAUGUUCUAAAAUCCCAAAUGAAGGCUUUGUUAGAGGAAGAAUCUGAUAAAAUGCCAAUUGAGGAGGAGAUUGAAAAGCAGCGUUCCCAAGUGAAAACUACAACUCCUAUAACUACUGAGUUGUUCUAUCAAUGGAAGAAGAAAAAAAUGGAUGAGAGAGAUGCCAGUUUGGCUGCCCAACAGGCAGAGAGGGCAAAGAAUGACCGUAUGAGUGGUCGUGAGCUGUUUUUGUCCAAUGCUAGCUUGUUUGUGGAUGAUGCUGAAGCAUACGACAACUACCAAAGAGAACCAGAACCUGAUGAAACUGAACAGAAUGGGACUGGGAGUGCUGCUAAUAAUGGUCCCAGCACCUCAGCAACAGGUGGCGCAGACGAUGAACUUCCCGAUGACAUUGACGACGACGACGAUGAUGAAUUGGACUUGGACGAGUUGAAUGAACUGGAAGCAAGUUUAGCCAAGACAUCAAUCCAAAUUAAGGAGCCAGGAGCUGAAGCUUAAUCCUGAGGAGUAUUCUCAACAUUGAUGUGAUAGUUUAAUGCCUCUACUGAACAAUAUAUCAUUUGCUUCUAGCCACUGCCCACUGGCAUUCCUUGCAUUCGAGGAAGUUUUUUAUAUGAAGCCUUUGAUGAUAAUGAAAUCACUAUUUGCAACAUUGCAUUUGGUAUGAAUGCUGACAGUUUAGUAUGAUUCGGUUUUCUGUAGUUAGGUCCCUCAUUGGACCUGUGACUGGGAUGGACAUUUUUGUUGUUUGAAUAUGGGUAGUCUUUGUACAGACUGUACCUAAUUUUUGUUAUUGAGUUUCCUCUACUUCGCAAAGGCUGCUUCAA